CGCGGCGGCGGCAGCGGCAUGGCCGUGUGGACCCGCGCUUGCAAAGCGGGGCUGCUGGAGCUGCUGCUACGGGAACGUUGGGUGCGGGUAGCGGCGGAGCUGAGCGGGGAAGCGCUGAGCCUGACGGCGGAACCGGGAGGCGGCGAAGCGGCGGUGCUUAACGGCGUGGUUAACGGCAACGCGGAGGCGGCGCCCGGUUGCGUGCGGAGGGUGCGGGUGGUGAAGGCGGAGGCGGGAGGGCUCGGUAUCAGCAUCAAGGGAGGUCGGGAGAAUCGUAUGCCGGUGCUCAUCUCACGUAUCUUCCCGGGGCUGGCGGCGGAACGGAGCGGGGCGCUCCGUCUGGGCGACGCCAUCCUCGCCGUUAACGGCGUCGAUCUCCGGGAUGCCACCCACGAUCAAGCCGUCCAGGCGCUGAAGCGAGCCGGGAGGGAGGUCAUCCUCGAAGUGAAGUUCAUGCGGGAGGUGACCCCCUACAUCAAGAAGCCCUCGCUGGUGUCAGACCUGCCCUGGGAGGGGGCCGCCCCGCAGUCACCCAGCCUGAGCGGCAGCGAGGACUCGGGCUCCCCGCAGCACCAGGGCCCCCGCGACCGCAAGGUGAUCCCCCUGAAGAUGUGCUUCGCCGCCAGGAACCUCAGCAUGCCCGACCUGGAGAACAGGCUGAUCGAGCUGCACUCGCCGGACAGCAGGAACACCCUGAUCCUGCGCUGCAAGGACACGGCGACGGCCCACUCCUGGUUCACGGCCCUGCACGCCAACAUCGCUGCCCUGCUCCCCCAGGUCCUGGCCGAGCUCAACGCCAUGCUGGGCACCGGCAGCGCCGCGGCCGGCGGCAGGGAGGUGAAGCACAUCGCCUGGCUGGCCGAGCAGACGCGCCUGGACGGAGGGCGGCAGCAGUGGCGGCCGGUCCUCAUGGCGGUGACGGAGAAGGACCUGCUGCUGUACGACGGCAUGCCCUGGACCAGGGACGCCUGGGCCUCCCCCUGCCACAGCUACCCGCUGGUGGCUACCAGGCUGGUCCACUCGGGCUCGGGCCACCGCUCGCCCGCCCUGGGCUCGGAGCUCACCUUCGCCACCCGCACGGGCUCUCGCCAGGGCGUGGAGAUGCACGUCUUCCGCGUGGAGACCCACCGGGACCUCUCCUCCUGGACGCGCGUCCUCGUCCAGGGCUGCCACGCCGCCGCCGAGCUGAUCAAGGAGGUGUCUGUGGGCUGCACGCUGGGGGGGCAGGAGGUGCAGCUCUCCAUCCACUACGAGGGCGGCUUCACCAUCUGCCGCGAGGAGCCGGGCGGCAGCGUCCUCUUCCGCUACCCCUACGAGAGGCUGAAGAUGUCGGCGGAUGACGGCAUCAGGACCCUCUACCUGGAUUUCGGGGGCCCCGAGGGGGAGCUGGCGCUGGACCUGCACUCCUGCCCCAAGCCCAUCGUCUUCGUCCUGCACACCUUCCUCUCGGCCAAAGUCACCCGCAUGGGGCUGCUGGCAUAG